GUGCUGCCGUGCCCCCUGUGUGGCAGGCUUCUACACACACGUGCAAGGUACAGAAGUCAUCUUGAAUAUUGUCGGCGAGCAGCUAAUCCCCAGUUCACCUGCCACGUCUGCCACAAGGCUUUUGCAUAUCGGCUCAGUGGCAGGUGCAGGAAUGGCUCACUACCGUAAUCGUCAGAACUCUAAUGACUUCAGGGGAUUAGAACAUUCUGUAUCAGUAUACGGGGAUGAACGCCUACCUAGCCAUGUAAAGCCAGCAUGGAAAGGAGCAAGUUACAAUAUUAAUCCAGAGUCAUAUAGCCAAAUGGUAUUAUGUGGAGGUCAGCAGGAGUGCCAUGUGGGAGGGGGAAAUGAAUUAGUGUGUCCAGUUUGUCUAAAAGUCCUGCUUAAUGAAAGAAGCUAUAAGAGACAUUUAGAUUACCACCGCCAGGCAUUAAAUCCAAAACACCACUGCAAUCACUGUGGAAAGCGAUUCACUUUUGCUGCUGAUCUACAGAAACAUUUACGGACUCACACGGGAGAGAAGCCAUUUAAAUGUAAUCGAUGUCCUUACAGGACAGGGGACAGAAGCCAUUUGGCUCGACAUGUGAGAGCUCCCCAUCCAGGUGAUGAGACCCACAGUAUAUUGCAAAGUGAAACUUCAGAAUUAGUUUUGGUUGAGACUGAUCAGUCAGUUCAACAGACACAGGACCAAUCUCAAGUUUUUCAGUAGGUUUUUGAAUGGAGAAAGAUAAAAAACACUGGUCAGUGUUUUAUAGUAAUCAUAAUGUAUGAAGUUUGUCAGUUCUUUUUAUUUUUUAAACCCUUAUUUUCUAUUUGCAAGUUCUUUUUUAUGUCUGAUGUUUCAUACAUUUUUUUGAUUAUCAUUAAUGUAAGACUUAUCUUUAUGAAUCACUGUUUGAAUCUGUGAAUGCAUUUUUCAGACAGAAUGAUAAAAAUCUGUAUCAGAAGUGCAUUAGGCAUAAUGUUCUAUAUUGUAAUAAAAUUUUUAAACAUU